UCAAAAUUGGUCCCAGGAUCCUGACGCCGACACCGGGACCCCCCCAGGGCUGUCACCUGCUGCCACUUCAGGUCCCUGCCCAUGGCCGAGGGGUGCUCCCACGCCGUCCCCCCUCAUCCCCUCCCUGGGGAGGUGACAGCCGCCCCCGGGGACAUCACCACGGACCCUGAACCCGCAUGGGGACAGGCUGGAGGCGUCCCCCAGGGAGAGAGUGACACCGGUGUCCCCACGGACACUGUCACCGUCACCCCAUGGGCCAGCGGCAUCACCAUCACCGUCACAGCAGCCCCGGCGGAUGAGGACACCGGGGAUUUUGGGGACGAGGACGUCCCAGGCUUCGGGGAUGAGGACAUCGGGGACGAGGACAUCUCGGUGACAAGUGACGCGGGGCACGGGGCUGUCCCAGUCCUGUGUGACAAGGACGUUGAGGACAGGGAUGUCACAACCCCAAAGGACGUUGGGGACAGGGACGUUCCAGCCUCUGGGGACAAGAAUGACAGUGACGAGGAUGUCACAGCUCUAAGGGACAUUGGGGACAGGGAUGUCGUGACCCCAAGGGACAUUGGAGACCGGGAUGGUCCAGCUCUUCUGGACAAGGACACUGGGGACAGGGAUGUCCCAGCUCCUCGGGACAGGGAUGUUGCCACCCUGAGGGACAUUGGGGACAGGGAUGUCACCACACCAAGGGAUGUUGGGGACAGGGAUGUCCCAGCUCCUGGGGGCAAAGCCAGUGGGGACAGGAAUGUCCCAGCCCUAAGGGAUGUUGGGGACAGGGAUGUCCCAGUUCCUGGGGGCAAGGCUGUUGGGGACAGAGAUGUCACCACCCUAAGGGACAUUGGGGACAGGAAUGUCCCAGCCCAUCUCAUCAAGGACAUUGGGGACAGGGAUGUCCCAGUUCCUGGGGACAAGGCUGUUGGGGACAGAGAUGUCACCACCCUAAGGGAUAUUGGGGACAGGGAUGUCCAAACCCUAAGGGACAAGGAUGUUGGGGACACACAGGUCUCAGUCCUAAGGGACAUUGGGGACAAGGACGUUGGGGACGCGCAGGUCUCAGUCCUAAGGGACAUUGGGGACAAGGACGUUGGGGACGCGCAGGUCUCAGUGCUAAGGGACAUUGGGGACAAGGACAUUGGGGACGCGCAGGUCUCAGUCCUAAGGGACAUUGGGGACAAGGAUGUCCCAGCUCCAAAGGACUUUGGGGACAGCAGUGUCCCAGUCCUAGGGGACAUCUGGGUCAAGGAUUUUGGGGACACGCAGGUCUCAGCCAUGAGGGAUGUUGGGGACCUUGGGGACAGGGAUGUCACCGCCCCAAGAGAUGUUGGGGACGGGGAUGUCUCAGCCCCUGGAGAUGCUGAGGAUGAGAACAUCGGGGAUCUCCCGGCCCUGAGGGACAUCGGGGACAUAGAUGUCCCAGUCUUAAGGGACAAUGGGGACAUUCCAGUCUCUGAGGACAAGGACACUGGGGACAGGGAUGUCCCAGCUCCUGGAGACAAGGAUGUCACCACCCUAAAGGGCACGGGGGACAGGGAUGUCCCAGCCCACCCGGUUGAGGAUGUUGGGGACAGGGAUGUCACUGUCCCAAGGGAUGUUGAGGACAUUGGAGGUAAGGAGUUUGGGGACAGGGACAUUGAGGAUGAGGACGUUGGGGACAGGGACAUUGGGGACAUGGAUGUCACAGCCCUGAGGGACGUUGGGGACAAGGACAGAGAUGUCACAGCCCCAGGUGACCCGGGGGAUGGGGACAUUGGGGACACCUGCGCCGCUGGUGGCAUCACCAUCACGGUGACGGCCCCCCCCAUGGAGGACGAGGACAUCCCCAGUGGGGACGAGGACGUUCCCAGCGAUGACAUCGCCACUGAUGUCACUGCUGCCCUCCCUGGGGAGCAGGUCCCUUGUGACGUCAUGGAGAGCGGUGAUGUCACAGCCGCCCGCCCCAGUGAUGCCACUGCAGGGCGUGACAUCCCCUCCACUCUCCCUGGGGACGUCCCUGCCAGUGAUGUCAUCAAGGAUGACAUCAUUUCCUCCGUCCCUGGUGAUAUCAUGGCUGAGAGUGAUGUCACUUCCUCAAUGCCUGGGGACGACAUCAUU